UUUGCCUGUGAGGCCACGGUCGGGUCAUCGCUGGGAAGGGGAAGGACUGACAGACUGCUGGAGCCAUGGGAAGGAGAAGCAGGCAGAGGACACCAAGCCAGAGAGGGAUUGAGAUGGUUUUCACAUGACUCUGUUAUGUUGUUCUAGAAUUUUUGGCCCAUGCCCUAAAAUGAAUUUGAAAAGUUUGAGAUUUCUGUCCCUUUUUUCUUGAUGUGCCAUCUCUGAUAGUGGGAAAAGAAAAGUCUGGAAAUACGGCUGAGUUUACUCGGACUGCUGGGAAGCCAGAUGAUUUUUUCUUUUGCAGAGUCCGUCUGCAUUCCUUAAUUUGCACUUCCUGCCCUUUAGUGGUCUUUGGUCUAAAAUGUGACUCAGUUUCUUAUUCAGACUCAUGCUGCUUUAUUAUUAAGCUCUAUGCUCUUCCGUUCUUUAUAGACCUGCCUCCUCUCUUUUGCCAUCCUGGUGACUUUUCUUUCCUUCCUUUUAUUUACUAACAUACAUCUUUUCUCCUGUGCCCUCUUCUCUGCCCCUUUCUUGCUUGGGUUUACCUGUUCACUGCCGCACCGUGUUUAUAGUAUUCCACUUGCUCUCCCAAAUCAUCUCUACCGCCUGCAUCCACCACUUUCCAUCUGAAUCCCUACCUGCAGCUUGGCAGCAACGGUUCCCACACCUGGGCGGCUGGUGCUGCUCUCCCAACACUGAUACCUGCCAUUUUCUUUUCUGUCUCUGUCGUGUGCUGCCAUCCAGCCCAGGUGAUAAAAUGCGACUUGGUGGUGAAAGUAAACCACUUGAUUCUCAUCCUGGUCACAGUGUCCAAGAAGUGCCUGGUUCUAUGACGUGAAUGUUACUCAAGUUGGGGAGGACCCUGGUGUCAUCCUAGUCCUUCUCUCAUUGAUUCCCUGUGAUUGAAGUAUUUGAAGUCAUGCGUGCUGUCUCUUUUUGGCAUAGCAGUGGUCUACAGGUUAGGCUCAUCUUAUCCAAAAAGUAGAGAACGCUAGGACACAGGGUGCAGGGUACUUGGGGAAGAUUACUAACUUGUCCCUUCUCCCCCAAAUGGAAGUUUUACAGUUGCUGGAAGUUUUACAGGGACUUGGAGACAAAUCCUCCAGCCUCCUGUGUUCAUUAGUAUCUAAAGAGUUCCUGCCUACUACAGUUGAGACACUCCUGCUUCACAUGGGCAGGGAGAUAAAGCACACAGCCCCACUCUACCAUCUUCUCUUCUGCAGUGGACAUUUAAGUAAAGGUUGGGACAUACAGGACAUUAUUGACUGAGGGUACUGUUAUCCUUAGUAAACUGGUGUGUGAUGGUACCACUGGAGCGUAUGGAACGGGAGGGAGGGAGGAAGCAGGUAGGUAAUAAGUUUCCCUCCAGACAGUGUCCUGUGACCACUAUAUUUACUUGAGGAAUAUUCACUUCAGGGUGGAACAUAUCCAAGGCACGCAACCACAGCACUCCCACUGCCUGUGUCCAUUCAUUUGCUGUUUCCUCUCAUAGUUACUGAUUGCCUGCAGUCCGCCAGCCAUUCCUAUGGGUUUUUGGAGUGCAAAGAUGAAGAAAGCAGACAAAACUCUGCUUUUCUAGAACAUAAAUUCUAGUACAGAGAAAAAAAAGUGCAUACUUGUUCCAAAAUAGGCAGAGGUUUCUUUCACAAUUUUUUUUAUUCCUGUAAAUACAGAUCUUUAGGGAGACCCUAGUCUCCUGGUUUGCCUUUGGAUACCCGUGACAAACAUAAGCUCUUUGACUGCAAAACUAGCUCUCCCUAAAAACUCAUCGUGGUAAAACAAACAAGCAAAUGAACAAACAUACCAAACUGGUAGCUGGGAAAUCUGACUUCAUAGCUCCUUCUGCUAUCCAGUGGGGAGCCAGUCCUUUAACUCAGUUUUCCUCCUUGUAAUACUGCAUCAGGAGAGAAGAAUGUUUAGCAGCCUUCCUAACUUUAGAAUAUUACAGCUCUCAUCUGAGACAUCCAUCUUAUUUAGAACUAUUUCUUUCACUCCAUCACUUAAUUUCUUCUUGAGUAGAUAGUUUCCUUAUGAUGCCAGCUCUAUACUGCAUCCCAGCAUCUGACUAGAUCCUAUCAUGCUCUUAGUACCCAGUCUUUAAGAGCCAGUAACUAUUGUGGGAAUGUACUGGGCAUUGUACAAAGUCAUGCAGAUAUAACUUUUUUUGUUGUUGUUCUUACAACAGUAUCUGUAAGGUGAUUUCUUUAUCUCCAUGUUAUAUAUAAGGUUUAGAGAAUUUGAGAAAUUCUUUAAGAUUGGUCAAAGACCUGGUAAGAGAUAAAGGCAUGAUUUUAAACUCAGUUCUGUCUGAUGUCACAGCCUAGGCUCUUUUCCAUAUAAUUGUGUUUAAUAAAUAUUGUUUUGGAUGGAUGGAUGAAUGCAGGUAUGAUACUUGGCAAGUAUUCAUUGAUGAGUCCAUAGCGUUGGUUUGUGGCAGGAAUUCAUUCUGUGGUUGUAUGUUUGGUCCAUUGCUGAAUAACUCGUUUGUCAGUCUUCCGUGGUUGGGUGGGUGGAUGGUUGGAUCUGCACAAGGUAAUUAUCAAGUGUGAAGCUGUAAGCAUGUUUCUGGGACAUCAUGAGUAAUCAAAUGAUGGAUGUGGUUCAGGAAAAUAGUUUUUCCUGAAUGUCUACUUUGUAGCGGCUUGAGAUGCCUCUCCUCAGUGAUCUGCAUGAGCCCUGUUGGGACACCACUGGUCCUGACAUCUGGAAUGAAUCCUCUGAAAGUGGAGGUUCCCAGGCUCUUGCUGUUUGCCCUCAGCUGGGGCUUUCCGAAGGGGCCCAGCUGCCCUCCUCCCUUCCCCGUUCCAGGACAUGGCCACUUAUCAUGCUGUUUGAGAGGAGCAUAGACGGUCGUGGCUAAGCUGUGACCACUUGAAGAUGUAUCCCAGCUGAGUUUCCAAACCUAAAAGAAAAUAAAUAUUCUAACAAGGGAAUUGGAUUAUUGCUGUUUUAAUCUGGGAUUCCAGACAAUUCCCAAAGGAAUGCUCAUGGAAAGUACGGGGAAGAAUCUGAAAACCAAGACAGCAAGCAGGACUUUUAUGGUAUUACUAGAUUGAAAGCACUUUAAGAUGGUUGUUUUAAAGAGAUACUCAACAGACUGAUACCAUACUGCUCCAAGUGGCUUCUUUUCCUCAUUUAUCACUGAUCUCUAGAUAAAGCCUCUCUCUACCUCUUUCUUCUUUCAUUCUUAGCUCAGAAUGUAGCCUUGGAAGGGGAAACAACAGGGAUCAUUAUAGUUAAGAGUUUCAUGUAGAAAGUUUCUCACCAUUUUGCUCUGGGAACAGAGGGCUAAGUCUAAAUUGAAGACACAGCGUAACAAAUUAACAAGUCACUGAAAAGUAGAAGAUGAUGCUUUUCCUUUUUUUUUUUUUUUUUUUUUUUGCCUGUGAUAAGAGCAAAGUGAUAAAAAGAGAGAGCAAUAGUGUUAAGUGGUCCUGGAGAGGUAGGUGAAAUCUGGUCCUAGGAAAGAAAAAGAGCCAAGGGAAGAAGGGUCUGGCCCUCAGCCCAGUCUCCCUCACUGCCAAAGCUCAGAGGACGGUGCCCUUCCACACUCCUGCAGCAGCAGAGCUCCCCCGUUCUCCAGGACAGAAACACAACCAUGUUUAUGGAGAGCAUAGAAAGGGCAGAGUUCUUUCUUCUUCCAUAAACAAUACUGAUUUUUGUACUUAAGCUUGGGGCAAGAAGAGCUGAAGUGCAAUGUUUAUAGCAGGCUGGUGAAGAAAAAUGUUCCAUUCUUUAAAGGGAACAUUGACCUUCUGUUGUGGCUGGAGAAAACCUGAAGGACCAAGGCCCCCACAGGUGCUCCAUCAAGGUCAUUCUUGAGCUCCUCAGCAGAGCAGGGCCUUUGCUCAUUGCCAGGAGAAGGAAUGGCCUUUCCCGGUUCUCAUCAAGGCCUCUGCGUGCGAGGCAGGUACUUGCGAUGUGUCUACCCAGAGGCACUCUUUUGAAACUCAAGGGGAGUGAGUCCUGAAGGGAGUAACAGAAGGCUUGUCACAGUGUCAACCCACUCACGUGACCAGGUACCCGAGAAAGUUUAUAUUGGCUCAUGGCUUCGCAGGUUUCAGUUCAUGGUUGCUUGUCCCGGUUAUCUUUGAGCCGUGGUGAGGCACCACACCAUGGCAGAAGCAGAUAACAGAGGAAAUUUCACACCUUGGGGUAGCCAGAAAGUAAAAAACGAGUGAGGAAGGGGAUAGGGACUUGUUUUGUUUUUUUUAGUAUUGGGGAUGGAACUCAGUGGCACUCUAUCACUGAGCUACAUUCCCUUGGCCAUUUGAAAUUUUAUUUUGAGACAGAGUCUCAUUAUGUUGCCCAGGCUGGCCAUGAAUUUGGCAGUCUGCCUGCCUCAGCCUCCUGAAUAGCUGGGAUUCCAGAUAUAUUCCACCAUGCCUGAUUAGGGUAAGUCUCUAAUGACCUAACUGUGAAGCUCCCUAAAGACCCUACAUACUGAAGGCCUCUCCUCCUUACAGCACCACAGGCUGGUGACCAAGUAAGCUUUCAACACAGAGGCCUCUGGGAGACAUUGAAGAUCCCAGUGCUCACGGACUCAUGGUACAUUCAUGGGAGUCCCGAUAAACACUGUGCCUCAAAUAAUGAUGUCCAGGCUAGACCGUACAAUAACAAUGUAAAUGUGUUUCAGAUGCACAAGACAGAAUUUAAAUGAAAUCUUUUCUUUAUUUUAAAUUUCUUUUGAACGUUGUCACCUCACGUUUGGUUGAUUUGGCCACAUCUAAUAAUGGAUUGAACUUUCCCCCUGCCGUGUCCACUUGGCCUGCUAAAAAUCCCUGUGAGUUGAUGGUUAGAAAUCAGAAAGUAGGACUCAUUCAUCUUGUGUCAUAGGCUUACAGUUUAUGAUGUUGCAGGUUAAUAAACAGCCGUAAGAGCCAGAGCUGAGAUGCCAGAAAUAGUCCCUUUCCUUUUCCUUGUGAAUCUUUCAGACUCCUCCUGCUUGUGUGUGUUUAAUGAUUUAAUUUAAUGUCUUCCUUUGGAAACGUUACCUUCCUGCUCCCUUACUGGGCUGUUUUGCGUUCUCGGCAGAGUAACUGAGUUAUAGGCAGUCGUGUGACAAGAAGAGCUCUGUUCUCACCUGCACAGCAAUGAGGAUGCAGAGCCUCCUAACUAACGGGUGGGAACCUCAAUUUCAUGUACUUUCAGGUUGAGGGACAGUGAUAACUAAAUAUAUAGGCAUAGUUAAUAUUUUAUAUUGUAGAAAUAGCAGUGCACAUUCAGACAUAGUAUCUCAUUUAAUAGCUUAGCAGUCCUUGAAGCAGGUGCCAUUGAUUCUCUUUUAUUGAUGAGGUGAUGGUGGCCCAUACAAGUCACCUUUAUUGUCCUGGUUCACAGCACGUGAAGGCUCUGAAGUGAUUUCUAUUUCAGAAGUCACCUUCUAGCUUUUAGGAGAAUGACAUAGGUGAACUGUUGGGAAUGAGAGAGGCCAGGGCUGCUGCCUGCCAUGGCAGGUGUGGCCCUGCAGAAGCAGAUGCUACUUGGCCAGUAAUAUGUACUCAAUCCCACCCCCUUUCUUUCAUACUGGGGGUUGAAUUAGGACCUCACACUGAGAUUCUUUUCUGCCCCCAAUUUAUUUUAUUUCACUGUUUCCCAAGCUAGGCUUGAAUUUGAACUCCUCCUGCCGCAGCCUCCAAGAGAGUUGAGAUUACAAAUGUUUACCACCUUGUCUGGCUCUUCUUUAAGACCUUCUGGUGAAUUUGGGUUAAAUUUCAGUUUACCUUUACAACCAAAAUGACAAGGUCUUAAAGGAAAGUGGGGUUCAACCAAACACUACACCAGGGAUCCAUCGCCUCCUGGCAGCAGGGACCCACUGCCUUUUCAAGUUUCCAGAUCCGAAAGCAUGGCUGUAGGAUGGACGUGGGUCUCAUGGACUUCAAAGGGCUUGAAUUACAGGGCUACCUCUUUCUAUGAGAACAAUGAAUCCACCUCUCUAAGACUCAGGUUUCUGAUAGUACCUGCUUAUGGAUAGCAGAGCUAGUGUAAAGGUAAUUUAGGAAGUGCCUCCCCCAUUGUCAGUGGCUAAGCAAAGUGUUCAUGUCCCUGUUUGUCUAUUUCAUGGAAGAAAAGACCUGGAGUUCUUCCUACAUAGUAUUGAGGCUGAUUUUCCUGAGACAAUACAACAGGCUUUACCUUUUCCCUCUUGCCAGUGACUUGGGAGCUUUUUCUGCCAUAGGGCCCUCUACCCUCUCCUCUGCCCCUCACCCUGGAACUUUUUCCUCACAGUCUUGCCAACAUCUGUCAGUCUCUUUCUUGGCCUUUCUCGUUCUUUGCCUAAAACUCAUCCAAUCCUCCCCUGUCCUUUGCCGUUAUCAGUGUUCCAAAAAUGGCCUCUGCUCACACAGCUGCCUGUGACGUGCAGUGACAUCACCCGCAGAGGUGAGGCAAGGACAUGGGGAGGGAAUUUAAUUCUCAGUGUGUGUCUUAACAAAGCAGUAAUCACUUCUACCAAACUUCACCCGCGGCUGGCAUUUCAUAUUUUAUACCCCCUUAAGCUUCUAUGGGCGCCUUUCCUUUUUGCAUUUAAAUGCUUGUGAAGACUUUCUAUUUUCCCCCCCGCAGCACAUGGGCUAUACAAGGGUCCUGGUUAGUGGCUUUUAAGAGCUUGAAGAGAAAAAAAUAGCCCCCAGCAGCACAGCCAGGAUGCUUUGGAAGGGAAAUUUCCUUUUUGGGUUUGCUGUCUGAAAGAAUUUCCGAUGCAGGCAGACGUUAAUUCCUAGCUCUAUGCUUCCUGAUAAGGAAGCAGCUUCAAUAAAUGCAGCUAUUUUUAGGUGUCUUUUUUUUUUUUUAAAUAUAUAACCAGAGGUUUAUUGACCUUUUCUUUCACUUCACAUUUUGUGCAGGGAGCACUGUGUACAUUUAAGGCAGUUCCUCCAGCUUAAGCCCUGACAGAGUAGCUCUGGGGGGGACGUGGGGAGGGCCGAAAGGCUGAAGGGUGGCCCAGCCACCUUUUCCAUGUCCUGAGUUCUCAGCUGCCUUGGCAUUCUGAUCCAGGCAUUCAGAAGUUAUUGGCAGUUUGUCCUUACAUGGUGGGAUGAGUUAGAUGUGUAAGCCCAGAGACCCCAGCUCACUGGAAGUCUGAGACAGCUGUUGCAAAAUAAGACAAUGAGAAGCAGUUCAUGUGAUAAGUAAUGACUUGACAACAAUGGGAAAUAAGAAAUCUUAUUUCCAUUUCUUCUUUCUCCUUUCUAUUGUCACCCACCAGAGCUUCCUCAUGCCACAUAGGGUUCUGCAGAUGCAAGGUCCUAUCCAUGUGUUCACUCCAUGGGCAGCCUCACAUUUAUCGGUGUAAAACUUCCUGGCAGGUUCCAUAAAGAUUCAGCUUGUACUGUGGUUUCCUGAGUUCCUUCCCCACCUCCUCUUCAUUCUCACAAAGCCUCGUUUGAGCUGAGAAUAUACAAAUAUGAUAAAAUUUCCAUUCUCAAAGAGCAGAUAUUUUCUCCUAUUUUCUUCAUGGAUGAGUUAUACCUCAUCUGUAACUCACACUGUUGGAUUUUCUGGCAGGAAUGACUUUGACAGCUUUAUCCUUAAGCUUUUCCAGAAGUAAAUUUUUGCAGAGUCCCUCAGAUGUUACUGAUUUUAUUGUUGCUGUAGAUGGUUUCUCAGUUGCCUGUGCCAGGUAUGAGUGUCUGGGGUUCUUUCUCUGAUCUCUUCUGAAAUAAGGUUUGAGAGCUUUAAACUGGUUUUGGUUCUGGCCACAUGCCCAAUGUAGAUGCCCAAGUAUAAUUAGUCACCCUGGUCUGCUAUUUCCUGCUUCCAUCUUGGGUGGGUGGACUAAGUCCCAUUCUUUUGAAAUAGAUCUAUUUCUGCUUCUUCUGCAUAAAUACUAUAACCCUCAAAUAGGGCUUUAAGAUUCUGGAAAGAUAGAUAGAUAGAGUAUAAAGAGCUUUGGAAUGCAGGAGAUGAAGAUUGGAUGCUGGGAAGGAAAAGUUACCUGAUGCAAGCCUGUGCAAAGAAUACUUGAUUUCCCUACUGCAGUGGGAAACUCUCAGCUUUUGGGGUGAGGGUGUUAAAAAAUGGUUCACUGAAGAGCAUGAGAAUUUCUAAGGAAAGAUCUAACAAUGACUCUUUCUUGUUUCUAGAACAAGUGGUACAGCGUGUUGAAUACUGACAUGUUUAGAAAAACUAAAGAGAUAACAGGCUUGCAGCCAAUUUACUGGAGCAGGGAUGACGUAGCCCAGUGGCUCAAGUGGGCUGAAAAUGAGUUUUCUUUAAGGCCAAUUGACAGCAACACGUUUGAAAUGAACGGCAAAGCGCUCUUGCUGCUGACCAAAGAGGACUUUCGCUGUCGAUCUCCUCAUUCAGGAGACGUGCUGUAUGAACUCCUUCAGCAUAUUCUGCCGGAGAGGAAACCUCGGAUCCUUUUCUCUCCGUUCGUCCACUCUGGAAACUCUAUCCACACACAGCCAGAAGUCCUCCUGCAUCAGAACCACGAAGAAGAUAACUGUGUCCAGAGGACCCCCAGGCCAUCUGUGGAGACUGUGCACCACAACCCUCCCACCAUUGAACUCUUGCACCGCCCUAGGUCACCCAUCACGACAAAUCACCGGCCUUCUCCAGACCCAGAGCAGAAGCCCCUCCGGUCCCCCCUGGACAAUAUGAUACGUCGCCUCUCUCCAGCUGAGAGGGCCCAGGGACCGAGGCACCACCAGGAGAACAACCACCAGGAGUCCUACCCUUUGUCAGUGUCUCCCAUGGAGAAUAAUCACUGCACGCCAUCCUCCGAGUUCCACCCAAAGCCCUCCAGUCCCCGGCAGGAGAGUACCCGAGUGAUCCAGCUGAUGCCCAGUCCCAUCAUGCACCCUUUGAUCCUAAACCCCCGGCACUCCGUGGAUUUCAAACAGUCCAGGCUCUCUGAGGACGGGCUGCACAGGGAGGGGAAGCCCAUCAACCUCUCCCACCGGGAAGACCUGGCUUCUUACAUGAACCACAUCAUGGUCUCAGUGUCGUCGCCAGAAGAGCACGCCAUGCCAAUUGGGAGAAUAGCAGACUGUAGACUGCUUUGGGAUUACGUCUAUCAGUUGCUUUCUGACAACCGGUACGAAAACUUCAUCCGAUGGGAAGACAAGGAAUCCAAAAUCUUCCGGAUAGUGGAUCCCAAUGGACUGGCUCGGCUGUGGGGAAACCAUAAGAACAGAACAAACAUGACCUAUGAGAAAAUGUCCAGAGCCCUGCGCCACUACUACAAACUAAACAUUAUCAGGAAGGAGCCAGGACAAAGGCUUUUGUUCAGGUUUAUAAAAACCCCAGAUGAAAUCAUGAGUGGCCGAACAGACCGUCUGGAGCACCUUGAGUCCCAGGAGCUGGAUGAACAAAUAUACCAAGAAGACGAAUGCUAUGAGGGAACUCACAGGCCGCCUCAGCAGGCCAGCAGCAAGGGCCCACCAGGACUGCUGGAGGCAUGAAGGAACAGGCGGGCUGAGGGCAGCUGCAAAAAGAGACCUAGAACGGCAGGAACACUUCUCUUGCAGACCAAGAGGGACCCCAGAGCACCGUAGACAAACCACCCAGCAGCGGCAGAGCUGGAAUUCCAGCAGAGGGCACAAGCCUGGGACUUGAAUGUCACAUUUCCUUCACCUUUGGAAUCUUUCCAUCUGUAAUUCCUCACCCAUGCCCUUCCAAAUCUGUUGUUAGUCCCACAGUGUUUCUGUUUUUGUUUUGUUUUGUUUUUAGGAACAUGCAGUUUGACUUUUCAUCAUUCAUAUAGGGGAAGACAUUGGAUGUUGUUUUCCUAUGGAAAUAUAUAUCUAUUAUAUAUCUAUUUUUGCAAAUCUCACAAAGUAUGGCCAGCCCAGCUGGUCAGGAAAGAGAAUACUUGCAGAAAGGAUCAGGUUCCUCUUUUUCCUGCCACGUGGGUCAGGUUUGUUCCUGUUGCAGUUGGGUGUUGGCUGAAAAAAGAAAAAAAAAAAGAUGCUUUUAAAAAUGAUCACGUUCAGGAGAGGUCUCUUUUUCUCUUUCACUCUCCUUUCUUCCCUGGCUCCCUGUGUCCUGCCUUCUUGCUGUUAUACUUCACAUGCCUUUCUGCAGAGUCUUGGGGGUUCUUGAGAGCCUCUCAAGACUCUUGGGGACUGUUGACACCUAAAUAGAAUCAGUGACCUGGGUGCUUUGUGGCCAGCAGUACAGAAUUCAGCCCCCAUUCUGGCACUUAGCCACCCAUCUGAGGGAGGCCAGAAACCUCACAGAUGCUGCUGUACUCCAAAAAGAUAAGUGCCAGUUCUAGUGCGUGCGUCUGUCUUGAGAUGGCUGUGAAAACCACCCAGCUAAGGCGUAAGAUAGACGGAGGCCGUCCAAGUUAUUUGGAAGGCCCCAGGAGUUUGGGAUUAGCUUGCAAGUGUUGCAAAGUAGAAAAUACAAGAAGACCACACAGGCCUGGUGGUCCAGAGACUGGGCAAAAAUAGUCUGCAGUGGGGAAUUUAUUUUUCUGAAGCAAGUUAUUGAGGAUAGGGAGAAAGAAAACCUCCUCUUGCUCCAUUCCAAGGGCCAUCUUGUGGUCAGUUACACACCCUCAAUGAAUUUCUUUUUUAUAAUUCUGAGUCUUUUUUAAAAUUCCCUGGUCUCCACUGAACAUAUGUGAAGGGAGGAUCCCAGCAUGCAGUCCCAGAGGCAACUAGUGUUUGCCUAGCCUGGGCAAACAGGAAAUUCCUCAGAUCCAUUAUAUUUUCCUUCCUUCAUUGCUGUAUUUCAGAAAAGAGUCAUUCGUGGCAGUGUCUUGUAAAAAGAGGGCAGUGUCACCCUUCAGUACUUUUAAUGAUGACAGGUAUUUUUAGAGAACUGUUUUAGAUUCUCUUUCCUUUUCUAGCUAUUUAUAUUGAUUCUUCCCAUACAGACAGGUUCAGGCAUCCAAUAUUUGCAGUACAGACUUUUUUAAUCCGCAAGAUUAAGGCUGCCUUACAAAUCACCUCUUCCCUGUUCCUGUUUCCCCUACCCAGUUAGACGACCAUCUCCAGCUCUCUGGGGUACACACGUGUUCUGUUAUUAACAGAUGGCAGGUGACUAGAUCUCCAGGUUUGUAAUCCCACCAUUUCUGAGUUAAGUCAGGUGCACAGAGUUGGGGGCACCCAGGCAGGAGGAAUCGUUCUGGGGCCUUACUGAAAAGGACACCAGCCUGUGGGCAAGUAGAUGGACUAUGGUUUAAAGACACUGGAAUUGAGCUGGUUGGGGCUUUUCAGUCUUGCUCUGUCUCACCAGACCACAGGUGGACACACAGAGGUGAACAACCCACUCUUUCUGUCACAUGCUUCCCUCAUCUGCCCUGUGGGAAGUCAGGGACCUUCUGUGUGGCUCAAGGACCUCAUUGUGAAAGGUUUGGUCUUGGUCUGCUUGAAUGGUGAUGCACUUCUGCUGGAUCCCAGCAUGCUGCAGAUGUCUUCCAAGAAUAUUCAGGUGAUAACAUUUCUCAGCCUCUGAGACGACUGGUACUGCAUCUCAAAUAGAGAGAUUAAGCCAAAAAACUGGUAUAUUGUGAAAGUCAAUGAGUUUAAGAGCUGGAGAGAAAGAGUGAUUUUUUUUUUUUUUUAACUAAUGCCAUUUGUAUGAAUAUGAAAUUAGAGACCAGGUCGUGAUAUUGUGCUUCUUUGAGAUUAGGACAUCACAUUCUGGCCAGUUUGCCCAAAUAUAAGAAGUUGGUCUCUUAUUGUUCAAAGAAUCUUACACAUGAAUUAUGGAGGGAAAUAUCCUAAGACCUAGGAUAACACAAUCAGCUACUUCAAGGAGAUAUUCAUCCAGUAAAGUCUUUAUUUCCCAUUUAGAUAUUACCAGUACUGAUUAUCAGUUGAUUCUUUUUAACUGCAAAUGUCUUCCUCCAUUGCCUCUUUGAAAGAAUAACUCCCUUCAGCACCCACCCCAGGGGGACUGUUAUUUACAUACUGCAGGAUAUAAAGGUUUCGGAUUUAGUUGGUCACACCUGGAGGAAGCACUUACUGUCUGGGAGGGUUUCAAAAAUAAACCAGACAGAAGCCCUGCCCUCUGAGAGUUUAUAUUUUACCUGCGGGAUCCACCCAUCAUUUCAUUUCUCAGUCCAACUCUAAAUGCUAGAGGUGAUGAAAAUUUCACCUGGGACCAAAUUAAAAUCUCAUGUGUCAUCUGAAUAGUUAGCUUUUCUCUCUAGCCACCAUGGGAAUUCUUAGUUCACAAAAUCUGAAGGAAGAAAAAGAAAAUACACAAAUUCCUAGCAGAAAAGUGGGCACCAUCAUUGGUGUCUUGCCCUGUAUUUUACAUUAACCAGGCUGUCUCCUGUCCAUCAGAAGAAAGUCAUGGUAACUGACUAGAUGGGCUGAAUUGAAGGUAACACUGUCACCUACUUAGAUGAUCCAGGGCAACUUAGUCUUGGAUAAACCAGAGUCACCAAUGCUCAAAGUUCUUGGAAAAAAGAAGUACCAGAUGGAUUUUUCUCUCACUGUAUUUCAAACCCUCUGAUCCAAUGUCUUGUCCAAACGAGAGUGUCACUUUCAUUGACAUUUGAAAAACUGUAACAGAACUUACCAAAAUGACUAAGUAAGCACCAGAUCUACCUUUAGCACCUAGGAGCCAAUUCUCUCCUAGGUAACUUGAAGAUAAAAGAUUGAGAAAGACAAAUAAAGGGCAGAGUCCUUUGCCUAAGCAUUCGGUGCUAGUUAGGGAGCCAUUCCUUCACUCAGCCUGCCCCUUUGAGCAGAAACAUGGAAUAGAGAGUGAUGGAAGCCAAUGGGGUGGGGAAGGGAAGGGACACCCAGUAAUCACCGCCUGUCCACAAACCACAGAAGACUAACCUGAUACUCUUUUUGGCCCCAACUACAUCAACACUAAGUAACUGCAAACUCCCUGAAUCUUUCAUACAUGCCAAGGGAACAUUCUUGAAGAUUUCUCUUUGUGACUGAACACACCUGCAAACCAGAAUGAAUCUAGUUUUUUGGGUUUUUGUUUUUUUUUUGUUUUUUUUUGUUUUUUUUUUUUUUGGUUUAGUUUCUAAUCUCUUAUGAGGUGUGGGGUUUAUAAGGGACUGAAUCAAAUGAAUGUAACAAAAAAGGAAAAAAACAAAAAAAAAAAAAGCCUUUUCUCAGGGCCAGUGAGUUGCAAAUAAUUUUUAAAGAAAAGCCUAUAAUUACAUCAUCUCAAUAAAUUUUUUAUAUAAAAAAGG